GUGUGCCUUUCCUGGCCAAAUACAUCAAAAUCAAAAUUAAAUUCCACAAAAAUCUCACUUCAAGUCUAACAGUUGAGACAGUGAGUAUAUAUCUAUCUAUCUCAUAUAAUGACAUUUUAUAGUUCAUAUUUGGGAAACAAAUUUCCAAAAGCUUUGGUUUUGAGCAACAAGACUAAUACUUUUUUAAAAACCCAUUCAAGAUUCUGGGUUUCUUUUCAUAAUCUCAAUCACCCAAAAUCUAGAAACCCCAUUUGUUGUGUCUCAAAUUCAACUCAUUUUUCUGAAGAAAUGGAGAAAAAGGCCAAUUGGGUUGGCCCAGAUGAGAAAUAUUGUAAAGAAUUGGAAAUUGCUGUGAAAGCUGUUCAUGUUGCUUGUUUACUUUGUUCUAAAGUUCAAGAAAGUUUGAUUUUUAAUGGAAAUGAUGAUAAUGUUCAAGCUAAAGAUGAUAAUUCUCCUGUUACAAUUGCUGAUUGGAGUGUGCAGGCAACUGUUAGCUGGAUAUUAUCCCAAGCAUUUGGAGCCGAAAAUGUAUCAAUUGUUGCAGAAGAAGACGUUGAAUCCCUCUCAAAACCUAAUGCCACUACCAUUCUAUCAUCUGUAGUAAAAACUGUCAAUGCUUCCCUAUCAUCAGCAUCCAACUUUGGUGUUGAACCUCCAUUAAGAAAGCUUGAAACCACUGAAGUUCUGGAGGCCAUUAGUCGGUGCAACUCUAGCGGCGGGCCUACAGGGAGAUUUUGGGUACUCGACCCUGUUGAUGGUACUCUUGGAUUUGUUCGUGGAGACCAGUAUGCUAUUGCUCUAGCACUAGUUGAAAACGGAGAAGUUGUUCUCGGGGUUCUUGGGUGCCCAAAUUACCCGAUGAACAAAGAGUGGUUAAAUUACCAAAAUGGGUAUCGAAGGAUUCUUUCAAGAUUGACCAAGUCAAACUCUGAAAGUUGGGAUAGUAAGGGGUGUGUGCUUUACACAAAGAAAGGUAGCAAGAAAGCAUGGAUGCAACCGUUACUAAGUGGAGAUACAAGUUUUGUGUGGCCAAACUCAGCGAGGCCAGUCAAGGUGUCAGCUAUAGAUAAUCCUGUUUUGGCUACGUUUUGUGAACCUGUGGAGAAGGCAAACUCAAGCCACUCGUUCACGCAAGGGUUAGCUCAUAGUGUUGGACUCAGAAACCAACCACUACGAGUAUACAGUAUGGUGAAAUACGCAGCCAUUGCUCGUGGAGAUGCAGAGAUCUUCAUGAAGUUUGCUAGAGCUGGAUACAAAGAGAAGAUAUGGGAUCAUGCGGCUGGAGUUGUCAUCAUUGAAGAAGCCGGCGGUGUUGUAACUGAUGCUGGUGGUCGGAGACUUGACUUCUCUAAAGGUAUGUAUUUGCAAGGACUAGAUAGAGGUAUAAUCGCUUGUGCUAAUGCCACCCUACAUGAAAAAAUCAUGAGAGCCGUGGAUGCUAGCUGGAACUCUUCUUGCCUUUGAUCUAUCUCAUUGUUUGAUUUUCCCUGGCCUGUUGGAUGUUGUAUGAUACAUCUUGUUGUAUGAUACACCUUCAAAUCUUUUGCAAAAUAUGAUAAAAGGGUGAAAAUGGUUGUUUCAUAGAUAUAAUAAUGUAUAAAUAUAAUGUUUUCACCCAUGUGUUCUUAUAAAAGGUAUGUACUCUAUUAAUAAUGUUAUAUUUCAGUUAGAUUUACAUAUGUA